AUGGUGCCGCUUGUUAUCGCAAUAUUAUCCUCCGUGUUGUCAAUAUGGGCAAGUCGCUCAUCCGAUAGUUAUCAGACAGCUUGGGCAAGCUAUUCCCAACUUCGAGUUGGGACCAUCUCAAGAAUGCUAUCUUCAAUCAAACCACUAAAAAUGAGAGGGCGAACCGGGAUACUAUCGCCAAUUUUUCAAAAUAUCCGACCACAAGAGAUUAAGCUAGUCAAUCGGUUCAGAAUGCUUUUAGUAUGGACCACAGGAAUAGGCUAUGUUCCGCAAUUCAUUUCACCACCACUUACAUUUUUGCUAUUCAUCUUGAGGGUGAAUGGAAAUGGACAGCCAUUUGAUUCCUCAAGAGCAUUCACGUCUCUAUCCUUGUUGUUGAUCUUGGCUCAGUCGCUCAGCCAAACACUCCUUGACCUGCCUCCACUGCUUGCUUCGUUUGGAUCAUCCUCACGUAUUGAUAAGUUUUUAUCAACGGAAUCCCGGGUGGAUAUAAGGCAUUUUCCUGCCCUGUCGGACGAACCGCGGGAGACAACUUUUGAAAAGAAAUAUCACCCUGAGCAGACUAUCAUUGAAGUGACAAAUGGGUCUUUUGGAUGGAAAGAUGACAGAGAUGUUCUUCACAACAUCAAUAUUACUAUCCCCCAGGGCCAAAGUACUUUUAUUGUGGGACCGAUUGCAAGUGGGAAAUCCACUCUCUGCCAUGCUUUUCUUGGAGAGACGCCGAUUGGCUUCUGCCGUCAAACGCCACAUCUAACUAAUGGGACAGUUCAGCAGAAUAUAAUUGGGUUUUCAAUAUUCGAGCCUAGUUGCACACGGUUGUUAAAGCCUGUGCACUGGUUACCAAUAUCGACUCCCUGCCCCGUGGAAAUGAGACCAUAG